CCACGUACUGCAUCAUCGCUCUCGCAAGCCCAUCCACACGCGGGCGUGUGUAAUCUACCGGUGCAGCUCGAGCCGCAGCAAUCCAUCCUCGCUUCCAUCCGCUUUGGGAACAACAGGCAGGCAGCUCAGCUCACUCACUGCAACACCAAGCCAGCAAAAAGCCGCAUCUACUCCAUACAACGGAAUGGAGGACACACACAACACCCUCGCUCGCUAUCAUAUCGUGCCAACACUUGUGCUGCCUGAAGCCUCCCCCCAAAAAUCCCUCCUCCUACAUGUUUGUACCCACAACUCAUCUCCAACAGCACCGCACCGCACCCACUCCAACCCAAAACAGCCGCAGCCUCAGCCUCAGCCCCGCCACACACCAUCACCACCACCACCAAUCUCCCUACGACGCAGUUCACGCCACCGCCCCCAUCACCACACCUCACACCACCCCGGGCCCAAGCACCCCACGCACCGACCCCCUCCGGGCACCAACCCGAGCGAGCGACUCCCGACCGAAACCGCCCGCUCGCUGCGAAGCAAGAGCCGCACGGCACCAACGACGCGACGCGACGCAACGACCGCCCGAGCCGUCCCGGGUCUGGCGAUGGCCGAUGAGCACACGCCCACGCCCACGCACGGUCACGGUGGGUGGCAGGGUGGGAGAUGCGCGCAGAUCGAUCGCUAUCGCUAACUAUCUCGCGGGUCUGAGCGCCCAUCCCAUCGCUCCCGGCGCCUGCCGCCUGCCGAUUGCUGCCGCCGCGUCUGCGGACGGGCUGCGGGCUGCGGGCGCGUGUGGUGGUGGUGCCACUGUGCCACUCACUUCGCUCGCUGGCUGGGUGUGCGGCUGCGGUGCCGGUAGGUGGUGCGUGGCGGUGGUGCCGGUAUCGGCGGGUGUUGUGGGAGUGGGUGUGAUGGGGUUCUGCAUGCAUGCUUGCGUGUGUGGCUCUGGUGUGUGAUCGCGAUUCGCGAUGCUUGCUCUGCUUGGGAGGGAGGGAUUUGGGAUCAAUCCUGGGAGGAUUGGGGUGGUGGCGAAGGAUGUAGAUUGGUUGGUUGGUUGGUUGGUUGGUGGAUCCGUGUGCGUAUGCUGGGAGAGGAAGCAGAAAAGAUGUAGGAAAGAAAUACCUGCUUGCUGUUACAAGCCAAUUUA